AGCGGAGCCUGAAGCGCACAUGGCGAAGUGUGGCUGCUCCGGUCCUGGAGGGGAUGGCGAGUCCGCUUCACUACUCUCCAACAUCCUCUCAUUCUGCCUCUCCUGCUGCUUCUUGCCAUACCCUUACCACAUGAGCAACACUUCCACACACACUGCAUUUAACUAACACGUGCAUUUGGACGUCUCUCCCCUCAAACCGCUGCCCGCCAAACGUCAGGUGGAGGAAGGAAAAGUUUUUGACAGCUUCUGUCUUGGAGUGACAGCCUGCCACAUCACGUUGGGGUCUUAGUGGUGAAGCUUCUUUUUUCUUUUUCCUCCCCCUACUACUACACCACCACCACCACCACCACCACCGCGGAGAACUGCUUUGACCCGUGUCUCCACCCUGUCACCUGUGUCAAGUGGUCGUGCUGCUCUGACAGCGCAGUCUGACCGGAGCGCUUUCCCCCGGCUUCAGCUCACCGCGCCCGGGCAUCAUGAGAACCUGGAGGCGGCGGAAGAACUUUGCCUUUCUGCUCCUCGCUCUGCGCGUCUGCUGCUGCCUCUCCACGGCGACGGAAAAUGCUGACAACACGGUUCACAAUAAAGAGGAGGGAAGUAGUCCAGACAAGGCUAAACAGCGAGGGGAAGCAAUCAAACCAAACCGCUAUGGGACCACCGUACCUCUGCUGCUGAAGGGCAAGGAGCGCAGACCUUUCCUCCAGCUCACGGCCGGGAGUUAUCCUGCGUCACUCCAGCUGCUGGUACGUGCGGAAGGUGAACAGCUGAUCCUGUUGCUGGAGAAGAAUGAGGGUCUUUUUGCAAGCCAUUACACUGAGACACAUUACCGGGAGGAUGGAAGUGCAUUCACCGGUGCUCGCAACUUCACGAACAACUGCUACUACCAUGGGGAAGUCCAGGCGCAUCCAAACUCUGAUGUCACCCUCAGCCUUUGCUCGGGCCUUCGAGGUUUCAUCGCGCUUGAAAACAAGACGUUUAUCAUUGAGCCAGCGCCUGGACAUGACAGCGGUGUUCACCUCAUCUACCGAGUGGAAGAACUCACGCUGACCCCGGGAUCCUGCGGCCACGGCUUCAACAUGUCCUCUGUCGCCCCUGAACACCACAUCAAAAGCCCCUUUCAGUCCUUCCACACGAGGCAUAAAAGGCACACUCAGAAGACAACCAAGUACGUUGAGCUGAUCAUCGUUGCAGACAACAGAGAGUUUCAGAAACAGGGGAGGGACGUGGAGAAGGUGAAACAGAGACUGGCAGAGAUAGCCAAUUAUGUGGACAAGUUUUACAGGGCCCUGAACAUCCGGGUGGCCCUCGUGGGUCUUGAGGUGUGGAGUGACUCUGAUAAAUGUCCCGUCACCCAGGAUCCCUUCACCACCCUGCACGAGUUCCUCGACUGGAGGAAGGUCAAACUGCUGCCACAGAAGCCUCACGACAACGCUCAGCUCAUAAGCGGGGUUUACUUCCAGGGCACCACCAUUGGCAUGGCGCCCAUUAUGAGCAUGUGCACAGCUGAGCAGUCUGGAGGCAUUGUCAUGGAUCACUCUGAGAACCCGUUGGGUGCAGCUGUGACUUUGGCUCAUGAGCUGGGACACAAUUUUGGGAUGAACCACGACACUCCAGAGCGCGGCUGUGGCUGCAGGAUGACGGUUGACCGUGGAGGCUGCAUCAUGACCCCGUCCACUGGGUAUCCAUUCCCAACAGUGUUCAGUACAUGCAGUAAGAAGGACCUUGCUGCCAGUCUGGAGAAAGGUGUGGGCAUGUGUUUGGACAAUAUGCCAGAGGUCAAGGUGCUCUAUGGAGGCCAGAAGUGCGGCAAUGGAUAUGUGGAGGAGGGAGAAGAGUGUGACUGCGGGGAGCCAGAGGAAUGUAUGAACCCAUGCUGCAACGCCACCACGUGCACCCUCAAAGGAGACGCUGUGUGCGCCCACGGACAGUGCUGUGAAGACUGCAGGCUGAAACCCGCUGGCACCCUGUGUCGAGAGUCCAGUAACUCCUGUGACCUGCCAGAGUUCUGUACUGGUGCCAACCCUCACUGCCCAGCCAACGUUUAUCUGCAUGAUGGACACGCCUGCCACAGUGUUGAAGGCUACUGCUACAACGGCAUCUGCCAGACUCACGAGCAGCAAUGCAUCACUCUGUGGGGACCAGGAGCCAAGCCUGCCCCUGGGAUAUGCUUCGAGCGAGUCAACUCUGCAGGGGACCCUUACGGGAAUUGCGGGAAGGACUCCAAAGGCUCCUUUGCCAAAUGCGACGCGAGGGAUGCAAAGUGUGGUAAAAUUCAGUGCCAGGGAGGAGCCAACCGGCCAGUGAUUGGAACAAAUGCCGUUUCCAUUGAAACCAACAUCCCACUACAGGAAGGAGGGCGUAUUCUGUGUCGAGGAACGCAUGUUUAUCUGGGCGAUGACAUGCCUGAUCCUGGGCUGGUUCUGGCUGGUACGAAGUGUGGAGACGGCAUGGUGUGCCUGAAUCGCCAGUGCCAGAAUGUCAGUGUCUUUGGUGUGCAUGAGUGCUCUGGGAAGUGCAAUGGACGUGGGGUGUGCAACAAUAAGAAGAACUGCCACUGUGAAGCACACUGGGCCCCUCCGCUCUGUGAGAAAGCGGGCUUCGGUGGGAGCAUCGACAGCGGGCCAAUGAGACUGGCAGAUGUGCGUGUGUGUGUAUUAAUGUGCGUGUUGUCAUAUAUGGCAUCAGCCGACAGUGUGGUCAUUACUGUGGCAAUCCUGGUUACCCUGGUCAGCCUCCUGGUAACCACCGUCAUCAUAUUUCUGAAGAGGAAGACUCUGCUGCGCCUCCUCUUCACCAAUAAGAAGAGCACGCUGGAGAAACUCAGAUCUGUGGAGGCCAACAGGCCGACCAGCCCCAUCAGGAAUCAGUCCAUGUACAGGCCCACCCCACAGCGCAAGCCUCCACCCAAACCCUCUGGAGCCAACAUUUAUAAGCCAUCUCUCCUGAGUGCCGAGCCUCUUCUCCCCCCGCACAACUUCCACUCUCACAGCCUGCGCAGACUGCCCCUCUACCAGCCCUUACACAUCAGCCAGCCCAUGCCGGUGUCUCUGAGCGUGGGCCAACCCACCCUGCCUCCUCUUCCAGCGCACCACAGGGUGCUGCCCGCCCACACCUCCCUCUCACCAACUUCACCAACUCGAGUGCCACCUUUCCUCAGCCUGCCACGCCAGCAGCCAUCGUACAGAGUCGACCAGGACUUUGAGAGACCCAGUCCACCCCAGAAACCCCUACCUGCAGACCCACUCGGGAGGAGCUCUCGGCUGGGUCACAGUGUCACAGCAGGAGGGGUCCACCUCCCCGGAACUGGACCCCUCCCCAUACCUAUCCCCACUGUGCCCAGGCCACCACCCACCAUCCCUUUACCCAGCAGACCCGUGCCGAUGUUGCCCUACAGACCACCAAAGACUAAUAAGGACUGCUGAGCUCUUGUCGUCGUGGACAAGUAAAUGUCCAACCAACAGACGAAGACUUUCUUGAUUUGCACUAAUUACUGAGACUCUGUACGACCUCUUGGACAGUCGGAAGCAUCACAGAGUUUCCAGUAAAAGGGGGCUAACAUCACACCUCGGUGCUACGCCUCUAUAAGGUGCUUUGUUGUCCUUGCUCAGGUACCAAUGAACUAUUUAUCUAUUUAACUAUUUAACUGCGGUAUUACCAGUUUGUGCACAGAACACUCUGAUCAAGAGUGAUUUUCCCCCACGGAAAAGUUCAGAAAAGAAGGAAUCAUGGUGUGAUUUAGAAUAUUUCUUUUGCAUUCUUUUGUGAUUUUUAUACUUUUUUUUCUCAAUGAAAUGCUGAAAUAUAUGAUGUUUUUAUAACCAGUUAAGUUGCUUGAAGAAGUGAAGCGCUAAAAGAGUUUGUCUUUGGGCUAAAAUGAAGAUAAAGGGAAAUGGAGCACAACUCAGCAUGUUGCCAGUGCAGCUUGUGGGCCAUCGAGCAGUGUUAAUUAUUCAGUUUUUUAUAUUUUUAUGAUGUAUUCAAUGCCAAAUACAUCUUUUCUAUCAUGUCACCACGGUGCUACAAAGUAGAUAUUAAUCAGAUCUUGUUUUGAAAUGAAAUACAUUGGACUCACGCUAUGUUUUUAUUGUGGGAUUAAUCUGAUCAGCUCAUUUCACAGCCUCACAGUCAGGCUCUUUUAUUCCCUUAUAAGUUCACUUUCGCGGUAGAGCACUAAACAGGAAAAGUACUUUUCACACAUUUCAGGCCGGCUCUGACACACUGCUCGGGGCACGCGUUGGACGCUCCACAUGCUCUCCUGAUACUGGCAGACGCUGCUGCGGAGUCUCAACAGAUUUGACAGACUGAUUGUGAUCCAGAGAAUUACACCAACACCAAAUAAUUCACCAUUAACUCUGGUGUUUGUACGUUUAACAUUCACUCUCACUUUGUCCUCGAGUGGGCGAGCCAAGCGGGAUGACUUCAGCGCUGUGAGCUUUCCAAGCUCCCCCUCGACCGUGUCCAACAAGAUGUUUUUACCAUAUCUGUCCUGUCUUUUUUUUUUUUUCUUGCCUUCGUAACAUUCCAUUUGGAUUUUGUAGGGCUUUGUUUUUCUUGAACGCUGAGAUUAUUCAUACAUUUACAGCUUUGUGCAUCAGAUUCAGAGCUUGGCAUUGCACUUCAUUUCUUUGAUGUUAUUUGUUGUUGACUUGCUGUUAUACCAAGAGGGAUUCAACUGGUGAAAUCUUUACAGCGCAGUUAUGUUUUACCUGUGUCAGUGUUCACUUUGGAUGAUGCAUUUUAUAUUUGUAGUGUGUCCAAAUGCAGUGCUUGUCUCCUGACUGCUGCAGAAUGAUUGAAGUCCCUGCAGAAGUGUGCAACUUUCUUGUUUUGGAGGUGUUCAGAUGUGUCCGACAGUCCGAGUAAGCGCUACCCGCUGGAAAAUAUUUGUUAGUGCUGUGUCGAUUAGUCGUUAAAUGUUUAUGCCAUUUGUAAAUCCUAAAUGUAAUGUGUUUAUUUGCAUAACUGUAACAUGUUUAAAGGCCAUUGUAAAGUGUAAAUAUUGUAUGUCACUAUGUCACUUAUCAUUUCUUCUUCUUUUUUUUUUUUUUGUUCUUUGUUUUGUUUUGUUUUUUUACGAGCACAGUAAUAUAAGAACUGUUUUACGGUGAUGCCCCGUUGACACUGGGUGGUAGAAACAUGAUUUUAACCUGUACCUUGUAAGCCAGAGAUGGAUGUUUCAGGAUAACAUUUAAACUGAGAGAUUUUAUUGAAAUGAUAUCAGAGCCAAAUAAAAGUUCCUUUA